UUUUCCAGAUAUAAAUAGUGGGUUUCCUGUACGGUGGCACCACGGUCCUCUUUCUAAAAGGCCAACUCAUCAUCACUUCAAACCCUAGCUCUCUCUCUCUCUCUCCCUCCUCCAGAUCUCGCCGGAUAUUCAGCCGAUGUGAUUUGCGCCAUAGACGUUGACCAUCUCCGGCGUCCACCUCUUCCCCAUUUCCCCCAUUACCGGACUUCCAUUUCACCUUCGCAUGAUCGCCGCCGCCAUCCAUGGCUUCCGCAUGCGUUAACAAUGUCGGAAUGUCGUCGGAAAAUUUCCUCGAUUGCUCUUCUUCUGUUCCAUGCCAUUCCUAUGGUUGGCUCAGCCCUCGAGUCUCCUUUAGCCGCGACUUCCCUGACGACUCCCCUCCUUCCAACCUCAUCGGACCUCUAUCUAAACCUAACCCGGCCGGAGAGUCCGAGAUUCGAGAUCCGGAUCCUGAACUGGUUCCAGUCAGCGAGUUCGAGUUCCGUCUUCAAGAUCCCGUCUCCUUGAUGCUCCCUGCGGAUGAACUGUUUUUGGAUGGGAAACUCGUGCCGCUUCAGGUGUCGUCUGUUAAACCCUCAGUCAACGGUUUGAAGUCGACGAGGUGCGUUUCGUCGCCGGAGACUGCGGCUCAAUCCCGCCGGAGAGUUGAGGAAGAAUGCAGUACGGAUCCGUAUCUGUUUUCUCCAAAGGCACCGAGGUGUUCCAGUCGAUGGAGAGAGCUUUUAGGGCUUAAAAAGCUGUACCAGAGCAGCAGCAAUGGAAAUGGAAAUGGCAAUGGCAAUGGCGGCGCUAAAAACGAAAGUCACAAAACGACGACGACGUCGUCGUCUUACUUCUCGGAAGCAAAUUCGAAGGCGCUGAAGUACUUCCUCCACCGGAGUUCGAAAUCGUCGUUGUCCUCCUCGUUGGAUUCGUCGCUGAGCCUUCCAUUACUGAAGGAUUCCGAUAGUGAGUCUGUUUCGCUAUCUUCUUCCCGUGUAUCUCUUUCCUCUUCUUCCUCAGGUCACGAACACGAAGAUCUUCACAGACUGUCGCUCGAUUGCGAAAAUAAGCCAAACACGAAUCCGAUUUCCCUCCAUAGGAACCCUAAUCACAACAAUCCACCGCGGAUGAGACUGGUGAAAGCGCGGCCUAAAUCAGAGAGCAAUCCAAGAUCAACUUCAACAGCGGAUCAUCAUCCGACGGCGACGAGAGUAGGGAGAAGCCCGUUGCGGCACACACCUGGAGAGUCUUCAUCAACAUCCAGUAGAUUAGGGAUCCGAGGAGUAUCCGUAGAUAGUCCACGAAUGAACUCAUCAGGGAAAAUCGUGUUCCAUAACUUGGAAAGAAGCUCAAGCAGUCCAAGCAGCUUCAAUGGCGGACCGAAAUUCAAAAGCAGAGGAAUGGAACGGUCAUACUCUGCGAACGUGAGAGUAACUCCAGUCCUAAACGUUCCAGUUUGUUCUUCCUUAAGAGGAUCCUCAAAAUCCGUCUCUGUUUUCGGAUUCGGACCAUUAUUCACCGGCACCGGCGGAAGCAGCAGCAGAAACCACCAGAGUAGUAGUAGCAGUAGUAGUAAUAACCGGACGACGACUAGACGGAUCAUCGAAACCGAGGGCGGAGGGAAAAUCUAUUGAUGAGAUUAGAAGAAAAGGGAUUUAUAAUUUUGGGUAAACACUAACAAACCCCGUUUUUCCAUUUUACUCUCAGUGUUUUUGGAUUAUACUGAAAUUUCCCCUUUGUGAUAGACGGAUUUGGUUUGAAUUAGGUAAUUCCUAACACAAAACAGGUUGAGAAUUAUGAUCAUGAUGUAUGUAAAUACGGUGGGGGGGAUUUUGUUUUUUCAUUUUAGUUCAUCUCGUUGAUCUAAUUAAUUUCUUCACCAUUUUGAAUUUCUCUUUGGCCUCGAAAUUUACUAUUUUCUUCUAAAAAGCCAAAUCAAAACCCACCUGAGUGAAAAAAAGAGAUUGCUGAUUGAGAAUUUUGUUUUUUCGCUGUUCCAUCAAAAAGGAGCGUUUGUAGUGCACGCGCUGAGGGUGGAGCGUCUGAGUUCAGAACUCUCUGUGUCUUUGUUGAAGCUUUUUUCGUAAUGAUGUGUGACAUACUUGUUAUCUAAA